AUGGCCAACACCCUUUUCAGCCAGGCUUAUCCGUAUCAUCCCUCAGUCUCGACACAUCAUCUCGUCGACAGCUAUCACGUCAACCAGCUGUGCGACAACAUAGUCUGGACAAAUUAUCCGUCAGAUCAGGUUAUACAAUCUCCGGACAUGCUGAUAGAGAACACGUACCACGCUGAAAUCCUCGUCCCCUACCAAGAAGAAUCACUAUUCACGCCGCCACCACCCAGCUCCCGCUCAACCAGAUCCCUCGCCUACAUGGAAGCAUCUCAGGAGAAAAAGCGGGCAAGCCUCUCCACCCCCACCUCAUCUGUCCCCUACCCGCAAUCACCCCACAACAAAGCCCUGCUAACCCACCAUUCCCCCCACUCACAGAGACGCCAAGAGCAAAACCGAACCUCCCAGCAAGCCUUCCGAGACCGACAACGCCGGGCCAUCGAGACCCUGAAACGCGAAGUAAUGGACUGGCGCAUGAGGUACGAACAGCUGGCGUCCGUCUUCGCUUCGCAGGUCGAGCUCUUCCAGAUCCUCCAGCAACAGCAGCAACAACAAGAUAGAUCCGAGAUCCCCAGGACCGCCUCGACAGAUUGUUUCACGGGCGGCAGUCAGGGCGAUGAGGGUGAGAUGGACGAUGUAGCGUGCUUAUUGGGGCAAAGAGGCCCUUUCGGUGAUGGGAGGUAG